UUGUGGAAAAAAUUAGAUGAUUCUAAUUUAGAUCAAGUUAUUGGAUUCGCGUUUCCCCUAGGUAACUGCAGUGUUGGUUCGAUCGCACUUGGAGGAAUAGAUAAUAGAUUCAUUAGAGGAUCAUUGCAUAAUAUAUCAAGGUUAAACGAAUCGGAACCGUUUCAUUCAAUAAAAAUUAACGCAGCAUAUGUUGGAGACAUUCCUGUCGAUGUAUCUUCAAUUGAUUCAAUUCUUGACACUAGAAGUGAUAGAAUUUCUUUUGGCAAGGCUUCAGUUGAUUUCUUUAGGUUGAUAAAUGCUACCAAAUCGCCUGAAGGAUGGAAAAUACCAAAACCCGUGAAUAUAUCGUUUGAUAUCACAUUAAGUAAUGAUGAAACAGUGAAAUUUGACCUGCCAAGUAAUGCAAUCUGUGAUAAUAGCGUAGGUUUAAGAAAAGGUUGUAUAGCUGUUGUGGAUGAUAGAUCUGGUAAACGGGGAGGCGGUGGCGCUGGUGGCGGUGCAGGCGUAGCAGCUGUUGCUGGUGCAGCUGGUGCCAUUGGUGCUGAAUUUGGCGGUGCCAUGGCUGAUCUGUUUACUCGGCCUCUUGGAGCUCAGGUCACUCAGCCUCCACAACCUGCUCAACCUUCUCAAACUUUUCUAAAUGUGACUACAACUCAACAAUUCACAUCACAACUAUUCACAACUCAAUUAAAUACUACUCAAUCUACAAUUCAGCCUACACCAACUACUCCCAAUGCUGAAACUGUAGUUAUAGAUCUACGGCAGUUUCCCGUGGAAUUGGCUUAUAUAGUUAUAGAUCUACGGAAGUUUCCCAUGGAAUUGAUUUCUAGAAACUAG